AUGGAGAGUUUAUCGCUAGUGUGGAUUGCGGUACUACGUGGGUUAUCUCUCUCGUCUCCCUCUCCACACGAUUCAUGUUAUCAGUUGAAAGAAGGAGGAAGGAAGAGAAAGGAGUCUCAUGUGACUAGAUCCACCAGAUUCAUAGUGUUCGACCAACACGCAAAGAUCAUAGCGGAGCAUCAACAAGAAUUCGAGCAGAUUCUGCCUCAUGCCGGUUGGCACGAACAGCGACCUCAAGAUUUAGUGGAAUGUAUGUUGGAAUGUAUCAAUAAAUGUGUGGAGAAGUUAGAAUGGAUGGGUUGGCAUAGGGAUAGUAUCAAAGGGAUAGGUAUCACCAAUCAACGUGAAACUACAUUAUGUUGGUCACGAUCUACAGGCGAACCAUUAUGUAACGCUAUAGUAUGGGACGAUUCUCGUACUGCUGGGUUGGUGAGGCAAUACGAGAAGAAAUUAGAGGAAGAAGGGUGUCACCAGACUGACAAGGAUAGUACAGGAAUACCUCUAUCGACAUACUUUUCAGCUAUAAAAUUACGUUGGAUGUUAAAUCAUCAUAAAAACGUACAUGAAGCGCAUGAGAGGGAUGAUUUAUUAUUCGGAACUGUAGAUUCUUGGCUUGUCUACAACCUAACAGGAGGCAAAGACAACGGUCUUCACAUAAUAGACGCAACCAACGCUUCUCGUACACUUCUCAUUUCUCUCAAAACCCUCUCUUGGCAUCCUCCAUUAUUACGUUUCUUCAACAUUCGACCCUCUUGUCUUCCACGUAUCGUCUCUUCUUCCGAGAUAUACGGUUAUAUAUCUCCUUCACUCCAUACACCAUUGAGUGGCUGUCCUAUAGCUGGUAUAGUUGGCGAUCAACAAGCGGCGUUAGUAGGAAAUAAAUGUUUGUCAAAAGGUGAAGCUAAGAAUACUUAUGGUACUGGGAGUUUUGUGUUGUUCAAUACUGGGGAAGAGUUAGUGAGGAGUAAACAGGGAUUGAUCAGUACGGUGGCUUAUCAACCUGGACCUGGGGAGAGACCUGUUUAUGCGUUAGAAGGGAGUAUUGCUGUUGCUGGAUCUGCGGUGAAAUGGUUACGUGACCAGAUGCAUCUGAUCAAAGAAUCAUCAGAGAUGGACGCAUUGGCGGGUUCAGUGGCCGAUACCGGUGGAGUGUACUUUGUGACUGCGUUCAGUGGUCUCUUAGCCCCAUAUUGGGAUCCCGAUGCCACCGGGGCACUAAUCGGUUUGUCAAGUUACACAACACCUGCCCAUAUAGCUCGUGCGACUCUCGAAGCAGUGUGUUUCCAGACUAGAGCAGUAUUGGACGUCAUAGAGCAUGAAGUGGGUGUCAAAACGGAUACUCUGAAGGUGGAUGGCGGAGUGACCAACUCGGACCUCGCUAUGCAGCUUCAAGCAGACAUCGGCGGCUUCAAAGUCUCCCGUCCUUCCAUGCGCGAAUCUACAGCUCUUGGUUCGGCCCUUCUUGCCGCUCACGCCCUGGGUCUAUUCGGAUGGGAUGUGACACGUCCUGAAACUCUCACAGAGGUCAAUACGGCGAAUGUGGACGUCUUUGAACCUUCCAUCGACGAGACAGAACGAGCGCGGAAGAUCAGAGGUUGGGAGAGGGCUGUGGAACGUGUGAGGGGAUGGAGGAAUGCGGAGGAGGAAGAAGCUGAUGAGGAGAGGUAUGAGAGGGAGGUCGGGGUAUAA